GCUGGCGUGUAUAGCGUGGGCGAUGGACCUGUUGUGCAACGACGCCCAUGUCGUCGCGCUGCAUGCAUCGUACCCGACGCGUCCACGUCUCUGGAGCGCGCUUCGCCCUGGUGUCUCCAAGCGAGGCUGUGAGACCGUGCGAAACAUCGCCAUGUGAACGUCGCGAAGGAGACUUGACUCGAAACUUAUCUCAGGAAGCACGAGCGGUUGUCUCGUCUUCAAAGCGCCGACAUGUCUCGGCUGGCGAUGGGGGAGUGCCAGUGUCGCAUCCAAGAUGAAAAAAACGACAUCAUGCGAGGAGAAAGCUAUCGAAUGCAUUGAUAUCGACGUCUAACUGGGCUCGCUCUGGCCGACAUAUACGGCUCGAGCAAUGUGCCUGUCCUCCAUCGAAUACAGCGGUCCCGUCACCGUUAGCUGCAGUCGCGCCAUCGCGUCGGCCGUACAGGGGACACUAGGCAGUCCUAUUCCCGUCGUCAUCCUUCAAACGAUUCACAGACCAAGUGCCUCACAAACCAACCACACAUAUUGCUUAAAUAGAACUUUACACUUUACACCCAACUCCCGGCGUCGCCUGCGUCACGCGGGCGACGUAUGUGCGACCCAAGUUCAUCCCGUGGUUCGACCAGACGUCCCGGUUCGGGUAGACCGGAUCCAGCGCCGACGACAGGGCGAGCCAAGCGCGCCGUUGAAAUGUCACAAUCGGUUCCUUCAUGUUCAUCGCGUCCAGCCAGUGCUGAUACCCAUAGUACGUUGACGUUGUCACGCAUCCGUGGAGGCCAGGCUCGGCCGCGAUCGCAUUGACAACAAGCUGCCCGGUCCCGGUGUGCAAGACGUGGUCGUUGCCUUUCUCGAUGUACUCUGGCACGAACGCCGACACGGACGGAAUCCCGGCGGUCUCCCAACGAAGGAUCGCGCGGACGACGGCCUGAACAUCCGUCAAGUUUGUGUACCGUUUGUCCGUGAUCUUGACCAUUCCAAGUGGUAAGUGCGUGUGGAGAUCCGACGACGUCAUCAUGGUCGUCAUGUUGGCUUCGCUGAUGCGCAGAAAGUAGUGGACGGCGUUCCCGAUCGAGACCUUUCGCACCGUGUGGUUGCAGAUCGAGAUCAAGAUAUCCUUGCGCGUCGUCGUGUAGUGGCCAGCAUCCUUGACCCCAAAGUCUGUGACAGCCAGCGUCCCGACCUCGCGCGCUUCCCACCACCCGUCCUGGAGGUUUGCGUCGCCGGCGGUCGUGUACACAAACACGCCUUUGGCGACGCGGUCCUGGAACGUCGCGUAUAUCGCGUUCGCCAUGAAGAGCUCCCGGUCAUCCUGGUGCGCAAUGCCGUAGAUAUGCACGCGCUGGAUCGUUUUGUUGGAGAAUUCAACGGCUGGCGGCACGGUCGUGGCGUUGGUGACCACCGUCUUGGCCUUGAUCGUCGGGACGAUCCAUCCCGCCAUGAUGGUCGCGUUCGACGUCAUAGCUUUGUAAUGCGUGCAUUCUCGGGACCGAUACGUCAUCCCCAUGCACGACAAUGUGCGGUUGCACGACGCGAGGCAGUCCGCCUUGGACGUCGAGUCAGCCGACCCGAUGUUUAGCGCCAUCGACGCCGGUGGAUCGUUCAGGAGGCACAGUUGACGUGGGUAUAUGUAUGUGAAGAAGCUCUUGUUGAGUGCGCGCGCGAUGGUCGAACACUCUUUCGGGGACCACACCUGCGCUCGGAACUGGACAGUUGUGUUGGACGCAGGGAAGAACAGCGAGUUAUUCUUGGGCGACGAGACAACCACCGCGAGGAGCGGCGCCAUGAGCUGGUAUAUCUUACCAAGAUCUGCUUCCGGCAGCCAAUGCGAGUUGUUGCGGUACCAAAACGUGAAGUUGGCGGUACCGUCGAUGAGAAGGCCCGUGGCAUUGUUCAACGGAAGCUCCUUCUUGUGGGGAAGCAGCAACACGACCAUGCACGUUGCGACGCCUAGAGCCAUCACGACCACCCAGACACGUUGCCGGCGGCUUUGUGUCGGCGCCGGUGUGCCCGGCGUCAACAGAGGCUUCGGGUCGUCCAUCCACGUUGGCUGCGAGAAGACGUGUAAUGC